AUGCUGCUGCUCAGAUCCCUCCCCGCCCUGCUGCACCAUCUCCAGCCUCGCUCUCUGGGAGCCUCCCUGCUGCUCCAGCGACUCCAUCACCCUCAGCCAGCACAGCCAGCCCGGGCCAAGCACCCUCAGCCAGCCCACCCAGCACAGCCCCGCACAGCCGGCAUGGAGGGCAACAUAGAGGAGCAGCUCGCUCCCCUCAGACAGGCGGUCAAACAGCAGGUGAGAGACUUCCUCAGGGCCUGGCACCACCACUCCCAGCACACACAGGCAGCCUCUGGCUGGGCUCAGGGGGCUGGCAGUCAUAGCUCCAGCCUGAGCAUUAAUGUGUGCUGAGCCUGAUGGGAGUUUUAGACUUUAGUCCACAGUGGCCAUGAGACCCUGGAGGAUGCUGCAGUGUCUGGCUGAGCAUGAUGGGAGCUGUGCAGUCUACACACAGCCCCUAACAUGGUUCAGAUUUCGGGGAUUGGUUAAUUUUGGGUAAAGAUCACCAACAUUGUGUAUUGUAGGUCCCAGAGGGUACACAGCUCUGCCAGGUAUACUGUCUGAUGAUAAAUAUUUAUUUUAUUAUCCGUUUUAUUCAGAUUUCUUCUAUAAAUUCAUUUCAGGUUCUCUCUUUUUCCAUCAUUUCAGUAAGAAGUGAUUUGGUUUUGGUUUGUAAAGAAUUCGAAUCACCUUGUUAUAUGGCAAUACUUGUUAAAUUAGAACCUAACUCUCUCUCUAUAUAUAUAUAUAUAAUUUCACAUUUUGUAUUUUCUGUUAGCAGAUGUGCUGGUGAAUGUGUGGUUAUUGUACCAUGACACUGCUCUGUGAGUCCUGUAUCACACUGGUGAAUAAUUGCUAAUUAUUUGCUCACACUCAAGUUUCACUCCUUUUCCUGCCCCUUCAUUAAGGGUUAAUUUCUGUAGCAGGGAUGUUACCUUUGUAAUUAUUUUCUUUAUUAGAGCUAACAUAUCAAAUAAUUAAUUUACAUGAAUAGUUCAGGGUUAUCUCUUUUAAUUACUUUGUUGGUUUUUGUUUAUUUUAUCACCUGUCAAGAUAUGCAAUAGGCCUUUUAGAGAGCUGUGAGACAUGUUGCUGUCACUUUGUUUUGAUGUCGGAGCCUGGGCUAGCCUCCAGGUAUUUUGACAGGUCACACAUCACCUCUGUAUUGUCCCUGUGCACAUGCUCAGUGUGUGUAAACCAAUGGUCACCUGUGACAAAAUACCUGUGACAUUUGUAUCUCCGUCUCCUCUAGACUUUCUGCUCUGUGUCGGUGAUAUAGAUGUCGUCGGGCAUUAUAUAUAUCUCUCUAUCAUUGUUUAGUGAAUAAGCGUGUGCGCUGGAUUCUGUAUUUUUAUAUAUAUAUAAUAAAACCAUUAUUUAUAAUGAGCAACUGUGGGACAACUAUUAUAAAGGUAGAUAUUGUGAGCUCGUUUGGGCAGGGUCCUUCACUUUAACUUGUUUUGUUUAGAGUUGUUUGUUACGGAAUAGUUUGGCCAUGUAUAAAUAAUUAUUAUUGUGGAGCAAACAGCAGGAACAUGAAAUAUAUUCUGGUAUUAUGGGAAGAUAGUUUAAGGAGCUACCCGAAGGAUAUACAGUAUUAUGUAUUCCAAUCCAACGGCCAUUAGAGAUUGGGCUGCGCUACCACACUGAAUGAUUAAAGCUUCCAAACUGGAUGUAAUAUUGAUCAGUGCCUCCUACUAGCAUGUUUGAGGUGGACAUUAAAUAGCAGUGAGAUCUGUAACUUGCAAAGGUUGCUCAUCCACUCCCACAAUGCAAUACGCAACAUCCCUUAAUGCGAGUAUAAAAUGAAAUUUGUGUAUUGGGUGUCAGACUAUUAUCUGGACUCCAUCUCUCACAGCCUGUCACUGCUGUCCACGGUUGGACUUACAGGUAUAAGGGGCUGCUGGAGGAGAGCGAUGGCUGUUUGUGCUGAUGAAAGGUUCUGGUUUUGUCCAGCCACUCAAGUCCUAUCAGAAACCCAAAAACUCAUAACACCAUAAACACUGCAGGAAUCGUAUUGGUUAUGGGGCAUAGAGUGUAACUAUGUUAUUUUUGCUGCUAUUCAUUUGCAAGUGCAGUGUGUGCAAUACUAAUUGCACUGGGUCCAGGGCAACAUAGAUCCUAUGCUAAAACUCCUUAUUAAAGGUCAUUAUAAUGAAUUGCUUGUAAAAGGUUUUUUUGGGUAAAAAUUCUAAAAAUUGAGCAGUCAGCAGUAACAUUCUUUCUGCUACCAUGGCAACUGCUUCACUUUUAGGAUGUUGCCAUACAAUUGCUUUUUUUAAAUGAAGUCUCAUUGCUUGUGACCUGGUCACUCCACCCCCACAAACACUGACAUCUGCAGAAUGAAAGACAGACAAGAUUUAGCCCCAAGCAUAUGGGUGCCCUGAUCAUUGUUUUAAAGCAUUCAAAUAUUGAAAUUGUAUGAAGUCUUGAUUAGUCUAUUUCCUGAAAAACAAACUACAAUUUUCUCAGUAAAUUAGACCAAGGUUAAUGUUAAAUAGGGUAUUAAAGCAUUUUCAUAGUAGAUGUGGCAGUGUCUCUUUAAUAUUGAUUCAAGUGUUCCUAAGGAACCAAGCUCGGUAGGUUCCGUGGGGACCAUUUCUCUGCACUAAUAGGCCAUAUGGUGAGCUUGGAGAUAUAUUGUAGCAAAAGAUUUGUCAACGUAACACAAAAGAGCAUCUCAUCAAGUAACUGGCACUUCAUUUCUGCAAAUGGCAGCUCUUGUAGGGGGUGUCUGGCUAGCCUUGUAUUGCAAGGACUCUGAAGUGGCCCUCAGUAAUAAUAUUAACAAAGUAUUUAACCAAGAAAGGUGCAUUCAGAUUACUCUGGUUUACAAGUACGUCCUGGGGAUGUUACCUUAGCCCAACAUUCAGGGGAUGUUACCUUAGCCCAACAUUCAGGGGAUGUUACCUUAGCCCAACAUUCAGGGGAUGUUACCUUAGCCCAACAUUCAGGGGAUGUUACCUUAGCCCAACAUUCAGGGGAUGUUACCUUAGCCCAACAUUCAGGGGAUGUUACCUUAGCCCAACAUUCAGGGGAUGUUACCUUAGCCCAACAUUCAGGGGAUGUUACCUUAGCCCAACAUUCAGGGGAUGUUACGAUUAUCCAAUUUAAUGGUACUCAUUUUAUCUAACUUGGAAAUAUGAAGGGCUGAGUCAACCCUGCCGGGAUUUGAACAUUUGACCCCCAGGGUUGAAUAGAUUCUACUGAUGAUGCAUUAGCCCAUUGAAUCUUAGUAUUAUCUUAGACUUUAAUUGGGUUCCAUGGCUUUGGCAUAAACAGGGUACAUAGUUCUUCAAUCCUAAACUCUGCUUUCCUGUAGACUGAGUUAGGAGCUCACACAGACACAUACUCUAUACAGAUUUUCCUUCCGUUACCACGUGUGAUGUCACAUUUGUGAUGUCAGAGGUAGCAGAACUGUAAGCAUAGGAGCAGAGUGUGUCUCUGUAAGCUCACUUACCUGUUAUCCUUCCAUUAUAAAACAUAUUAAAGGGAAAUACAAUUCUACCAAACACGCAGCCAAUCAGAGCAUGUUCAAAUGCAUGCUGGGAAGUACAAUUUUUUAUUAUUUUGUUAAAUCAAAUGUGUUAAGCUAUCAAUGCAAAAUAUAGUGAAUUGUUUUUACUAUCCAUGCCCUUGAAUUCACCUGCAGCCUGUUCAUGGCAUGUGCACAGGUUGCAAUGUGCUGGGAGUAGCUGGGUGUUAACUCCGAUCCUACUGGGAAAUAUGCGACCUGCCCAACUAACCCUUGAUACUAAUUGGCUUCUUGCUGCUUAAUAGGAGCGUAGGCCGAAGAGAUUUAAUUGGACUGUGAGAACAAUUCAUAGAAAAGGGAAAUUUAACUUGUUUUUGCCUUUUGUAAAACAAAGCUCAAAAUAAAGUGGUAGGGAUAAUCUGGCAAUGACAGGGUUAAUGAGAAAAACCAUGAAUUCAGCCGGGAAUUUGCAGGUGCUAUAUAAAUAAAAAUAAUAAUACUGUAUGAGCUUCUAAUAGCAGAUGAUCUGAAUUUACUUUUGGGUAAACUAGAUAAUAUAUGAAACUAGGAUUGCAAUAUCCCCUAAGUGUGAGGAAUAAUAUACAAUAUAUGUUGUGAUAUUGAAAAUACCUGAACUGUGUGCUUGUCUAAAGGACACAAACAAUAUCAUUUUACUGCUGUAGUACAAUCCUAGUAUUUAUCACUUGGAAGAAAACAAGACCUUUUUAUGAAUGAGCAGGUCGGUCCCACGCUUGUGACCUCUUUAACCUUGUCUGCUGGGGCAGUUACACAUUGUGUCUGCUCGGUGCCCCAUUUUAACGUUGACAUGGCCCCUGCAUUGUAAUGUGACUUUAUUUUAAACUCCUUUCUAUAGCAAAUAUCAAACAUAUAAGUGUGGUACUACCACUUUACAUUAAACUAUGCUUUUAUUCUGGAGAAUUCAGUUUUUUAGUUUUUAUUUCCCCGUUUAUUAAUCCCGAGUGUCUGUAAAUGUCACUGUAUUCUAAGUUGUCAGGGCUUGUAUCACUUUCUUGCUUUUGUAAACUACACUAACCCUCUCCUCUCGCCCCCUCCCUUCCUUUUGCUUUUGAGGAAUUUAGGAUGAUUCUCCCACCCCUCUGUCUCCUCCCUUUGCCACGUUAACCUGAAUUCAAUGCAGAAAUCCAUCCAGAUGUUGAAGAAAUAUACUGACAAGGAUUUAGUGUCCCGCAGCCUUCUUGUGCAUAGAGAACAGUGCAAACCUAAUGUAAUAUAAAUAACGUUUUAGGAAUUUGAAUAUUUUCAAAACUCAAAGUUUCUUUUAACAUAUUGUGAUUUUAGGUGUUUCCAAAUUUAGAAAAAGAAGAGAUUCAUUAAGCAUGUAUGUUGCUAAUACUGUUUACACAGAAAGCUUACAUUAUUAAAGAGUAUAGAUUUACAUGGGUAAGAGAGUUUAUAAAUACAAAAAGAUAAGUCCUGUGCUCACUCCCAUCACUCCUGGGCGGCAGCAAGGACCACAGUACACACAUCAACCCCAAUAUAGUAAAAGAAAAAAAAAAAAAGAAAGUCACCUGCACUCUCUCCUUAAUCCCUGUGUAUUAAAGAGAGCGCGAGCUUACUUUGGUUUUUACUGUAUGUAUUGGGGCUGAUGUGUACUGUGGUCGUUGCUGCCGCCCAGGAGUGAUGGGAGUGAGCGCAGGACUUAUCUUUCUGUAUUUGUAUUCACUUUUUGUAUCACACAGCUAGGUUACAAUGCUGCCGCCCAUCCCAUGUGUUCCCUAUUAAGGGUUAAUACGUAUAUAGGGGUGUAUAUAAAAAAAUACCCCUCUCUGUCUCAUGAGCGAUAUCUUUGCCAGAGGCUCAAGGAACCAAGGUGAAGGGUCAGAGUAGGACCCGCUUAGGGGGGGUCUGUCUUGAUGUUGGCAGGCGGGCAUUCCCUCCAAUGACAAUUGGAGUAACUAAAUGACCUCCAUUUGUCUAAAUAUACAUAGGGAUUAAGGAGAGAGCCCAGUUAACUUUUUUAUUUUAUUUUUUUUUUUUCUUCUAAGGAAGUUUUAUAGUUUAUAAAUCUGUGUGCAGUAACAAAUAAUCAUUGUUCGACUCUCAGAUCUUGGGGUUAGAGCAGAUUCCCAGCAGCAGGUCGUCCCUAAUUAUCCUAUGGCGGAGACAGAGCCUUUAAAGAAGUAAAAUGUCAUAAUUAGGAAGUUUUAUCCUUUGCGAGCCAUAGAAUAUUGAAGGAUCUCUCCAUGAGCACCUUACCUCUCAUUACAUGCUGCAUGCUCACAUUGUGCAAAUAUUUGCACAGAUUAUGUAGAAGCGAAUCUUCCUCAUUAUGGGGAUUACGUGUAAAAAUGUUCAUGUGUCUGCCAGUGCUGUGUGCAUGCGCCAUUUUCUUAAGUAUUUAACGGUUACUCCAUCUUUAUACAUUGGAGACUUUUAAUGACCCAACACCCCGCCACUUUUUAUUUGUGCAUUUGCAAUUUGAUGGGUUGUUUUUUUAUUUAUUAUACACAAAUUAAUAUGAAAGCAGUUUAGUUGGCAUAGAAAAUAUGGUUAAAAAAAAUUGUUAUAAAAAGGCUCAAUUUUGUAACUUUUUUUUCAUUAAUAGCAACAAGUUUGUGAAACAAAAUUAAAUAGAAAAAUAAAAUUAUACAAGAGGCACAGUAGCACAUAAAGGGAUAUUUUGGUGCAAAUAAGGGAAUAAAUUGAAAUAAAAAUGGAACAUGACACUUUUUAUACAUUACCUCUUAUGUCUCAUACUGAGUGUGCGCACUUUGUGUGCUAGGGAAUUUAUUUAAAUAGGGUAUUGUAACCGUAGAAUCGUAGUGGUCCUUCAUGGUAAUGAUACAUGGAUUGUCCCUUUAACCCCUUAAAGACACAUGACGUGUGACAUGUCAUUAUUCCCUUUUAUUCCAGAAAUCAAUGGAACAUGACAAUGCCAUUCAUACAUUACCUCUUAUGUCUCAUACUGAGUCUGCGCACUUUGUGUGCUAGGGAAUUUAUUUAAAUAGGGUAUUGUAACCGUAGAAUCGUAGUGGUCCUUCAUGGUAAUGAUACAUGGAUUGUCCCUUUAACCCCUUAAGGACACAUGACAUGUGUGACAUGUCAUUAUUCCCUUUUAUUCCAGAAGUUUGGACCUCAAGGGGUUAAAUGCCAUUCAUAUUAACUUGUCACGCAGACUGGCAUGUUGCAGGGACUGCUCAAAGGCCGUUAUGUGCCAUAUUUGCAGCCACACAGCUAUAACCAUCAUGGAACAGAGACCACAGAUCCUCAUUCUGCCAUGUUUGGUGUUUUUCCAUUGCUGAACCUUGUAUAAUAAUCUUUAUAAAGGGCCGAGAAGGAGGGACAAAAAUAUAAGAGCAGUGAUUCUCCCAGCCUCCGGUGUCCUCUAUGUUGUGUGUUCUAUUGCAGAAUCGGUACCCAGCACAUGGUCCGUACCCAAUUGUAUGUCUUACAGCUUCUAAACAAGUAAUAUCCAAAUCAGUAGUGGGUGCUUUGCUGCCAGUACCACAGAUUAAAAGCUUAGGCAUUGCAAACACUAUGGUUACCUAGAUACAUGCUUUCUUAAUAGAUUUCGGCCAGGUGUCGCUCUGAGCCUUUUGGCAAACCUAGGAAACGGCUCUGGUAUUGCGUUAUUGUGAGAGUUUACAUACAAAGAAUUCGCAUAGUUCAGAUAAAUUGACUUCCAAAUAUAGGAUGUUCUGUUGGUUUCCAUGGUGACUGCACCACUUCUAGAUUUUUUGACCCCACAAUUGUUGUUGUUUUUUUUAUAUAUAUAUAUAUAUAUAUAUAGAUAAUCCCCACUGUCCCCUUUCAUGAUGGUGCAUUUCAUUGUCAAUCUUUUUAGUAUUUUGGAAAGCUGGACUUGUAUACGAUACAUAAACAGCCAGUGUUGGUUACCUGGAGUCACAUUUAUUGUAAGUACUGCACUAGGCUUUUAAUUUCCUGGUGCGGCAGAACACACAAGCAAGCCCCAUGCACAGUCUCUGGGUGGUUCCUCUGUCUGCUUUUAUAGAGAAGCUUAUUUAAGUUGAGCAUCGCUGAUUAAGCUUGGUGUGACUCCUUUUUUUGCCUCGCAUGCUGUUGCUGAUACCCCUUAUUCCUGUAAUAACAGUGGAUUAGAUGCUGGAAGUGUUAGUUUUAUAGUCACAGUGAACACAUUGAGCAGCAUGCAGUCUCCCGGAUGCUUAUAAAACGCAGGGCUGGGUACGGUUAGUCCAUUCGUGAUGCCUUCGUAUAGGUGUAAAAUAUGCAUUUGCUGUAGGUUAGAGUAUGGGAUGUGUAUGGAAUGACUUGCUACAAAUUAUUCUUUUUAUUGUACGGUAUGAACGUGCAUUUAUUUAUUUUUUGUUUCGUGUAUUAUGAAUACACAGAUUGGGUAAUACUAAAUGUGGCAAAAGUAACCUCGCCACUGGCUCUUGGAGGGGCCUGCUGGUAAGCCUCUUACCUCAGGACUAUGGCCCAUGUGUUAGACUUUGGUUCAGGACUGGGGAAAGGCUUUGUUUGUGCCUUUUUCCUUGUCUGGUUCAGUAUAUAGGAAUUACCGAACAGAUUAUACUUAUGCUGUUCGAAUACUGAACCAACUACCAAACAGUUAGACCACACAGGGGAGUCGUGUGCUGCUUGUUGACUCUUUUGACCCCAUCAACACUUUAACCGCAACGUUCUAAGCGGUCGGCUAGGUUGGGCGCCGUUCGUAUGGAUGAACAUGUGGUAGCGGCCAUCUUGUUCCCAUGAACGCGUAUAGGGGUGUUUGGUCAUCGAGUGUAUGGAACCCAAAGCAUACACUCGAUGGUGCGAAUCGCUGGGACUUCCAUCACCAAGUAUGUACUCUGGCGCUUGUAUGAGAAGAGCGGUGUUCAGUGGGAGCAAACUCCCGAACGAGGGACACAAGGCACACGUACAAACAGUUCUGUUCGGAAUAUUGUUGUAUUUUGUACUCCCGAAAGAGACCGACCGCACAGCCUGAUUUCAUAGAACUCUUUUGGGCAGGAGCCUCGUGUGCGGUCGGUCAAAUUAUGACCUCCAUGGAAAUCCCGAACUCCUCAAUCAAUCUGGGUGAUUUGGGGAUAUGUUGGUCCCCCAGAUUGGAGCUAUCAGGGGAUAUGACUUUUGUGGGGUUUCCAUGUGCUUUGGGGGUACUUUUGGGAGGUUGUUAAAAUGUAUGUUCUCUGUGCCUGGAGAUAAUUGAGUUUAGUACAGUUCCUGACUCAAUUAUCUCCCAGGCACAGGGGAGGGAUUAUCUUGUUUUGUGUGGGAGUGUCCUGGACCUGAGAGCCAAUGUAAUCAUGUGUAUGUUUUUUCUGUAGUCUACUCUCAGGUCCAGUGGGAAAUGCCCCUGGAAUAUGUAACUGGAAACCCCUUGCAUGGGGACCUGCAUAUAAGGCCAGUUGUGGCUGCCAUUAAACAGUUCCUCUUCACUCUCAACAUAGAGCCUUGCUUCAUGUGUGGAGGGGACAGCUAUAUUCACCCUGGGGAUUAAUAUACUCCCUUGGAUUACAACACUAGCUCUAUCCUGCUAUACUCUCUGGAGUAGGAGAGGUCUACCCACUGGAAGCUGGAUCCCUGACUUGGAUCCAGGGUGGGUGGAGGACAGCGAGACCCCAGCCAAACUGUGGCAGAUGUGGGGUUUACGGUGGUCAUGGUGUUCCAGUGCGGUGCUUAUGGUGCUCACAAUUACUAGGAAGCAGCGAUUGGCGGAGGCACCCAGUCGGGGUGCCAGGCGGUCCAUUACACCAAAUAUAAAGCAAGGCUGAUCCAGUAGAUGGCCUAACCUUGACAAUUAGGAUUUAAUUUAUCUACAUUUCCCAUGGUGCUCAGCAAGGUGUUAGGGAGGACCUUCAGCAGGCUGAGUGUCCUGUGAAAUGUAGUCCACAACCAUGCAUAGUGCCAAGUCUAUGUAUCAUUAGAAACUGUAGACCAUUGGAGGCAGAUCUGCUCCCAAAACUUUCCACCCCACAGACCUGGUCACCCCACAUGGCCCACAGGCCUGGUAAACCCACAAGGCCAUCUUUCUGAUUGUUUGAUGGGUUGGUAAGUAUUACAGACUUCAUGGCAAGUAUUAUAUGCUUCAUGGACCCAGUGUGCGCCUUGAUGCCACCAUGCACUGUCUCCCAGGCUUCUCAAAGCUUUCUCAUUUCAUUUUAUUAGAUUCUGCUCUUAAUCCCCUUUAAUGACCUAUAUCAUUAGAACAGUUUGGUACUACUCGUAUAUUGACAGCGGGGUCUCAGGGACCAGGUAGCGAGGAAGUAAUUAAUGUCUUUAAUUUAGGACCACUCCAUUAAUGGUGGGUUCACGUGAAACUCAUGGACUUUUCUUCCACUCAAAAGUAUAAAGUGGAUCUGUGGCGAUAUAUUUUCUCAAGGUGUGUUAACCUUAGAUUUAUUCACAAAUUGGGGGAAGCAUGUUUUCUGUUUGCAAAGGUCAGUUUUUUUUUUUGUUUUUUUUUUGGGGGGGGGUUUGUAAAGUUUUUGCUGACUGUCCUAUGAAAUGUAGUUCAGAGAUACCAGACUUGCCUAGCUCAGCUUUCACAACCCCUAGCAAACACUGAACCAUAACAAACCAAUUUGAAAUUCACAUGUUUUGGUUAACUUUUGGAAAUGAUGACAUGUUCAUUUAUGAAAAUACUAGAAAAAAGUUUAAUGCAAACAAAUCACUUGUUUUAUGUGCGGAGUCAAAGCUUUUAAAUUUGUAUAUUUUUCUCUCAGGGUGACCUAGUACGGCAGCUGAAACAGGAUCAAGCACCACAAGUGGAUGUGGACAGAGCGGUGGCCGAGCUGAAAGCCAGAAAAAGGGUAUUGGAAGCAAAGGUAACUUUUCUAGCAUUUCAUAAUGGAUACCUGCUCCCCUCUGCCAUGCCGUGCCUUCUCCCCUCCUCUGCCAUGCCUUUCCCUUCUCCCUCCCCUCUGCCAUGCCUUGCCUUCUCCCCCCCUCUGCCAUGCCGUGCCUUCUCCCCUCCUCUGCCAUGCCUUUCCCUUCUCCCUCCCCUCUGCCAUGCCUUGCCUUCUCCCCCCCUCUGCCAUGCCGUGCCUUCUCCCCCCCCCCUCUCCCCAGUCCAGGAAGGAGAUUGUGGAUGAGUAGGUUAGAGGUUAUUCAUCCUAAUGACAAAAUAUCUCCUUAUUAUUUUGCAGGAAUUAUCACUCCAACCCAAGGAUGACAUCGUGGACCGAACCAAAAUGGAGGAUACGCUGAAACGACGCUUCUUUUAUGACCAAGCCUUUGCCAUUUACGGAGGUACGUAUUUCACAGUCUCAGUUAUUAGAUGUUUUGAACACUAAAUAUGGAAAUGGUUAAUAUAUGCUUUCUUGCUAUCAUGAUCCAGUGAUAUUUCCUAAAUCCUCAGGUGGUUCACAUCAGAGAGGAUUGUUGUUUUUGUUUCUAUUCCCCUGUUUCUAACUGGAGUUGUCUGUGCUUGCAGACAACAAGGGAUAUUGUAGUUGAAUGGAUGCUAUGAGAUAACGUGUACUGAAGCAUUUUUAGAUUUAGUCAGUAAGGACUAAGUUUGGCUGGAAUAUAUUUGACAUCCCUCUGUUUAUAGGUUUAUCUCUGUCAAUAUUGUAGGUGUUAAUCACGAGGCUGGUGUGUUGUGGAACACAUAACUUUCACAGCGGACACUCAAUAAAUUAUGUUUUUGUGAAUUGUUUUUAAGUAUAAUCUGUCCAGCAGAGUUUUAAAUUACAGAAAUGAUUUAUAGCUAUCCUGAAUUUUUGGCCAUGAUGAUGUAAAGACAUCCAAAUUGGUUGUCAAGUUCCACUGUGAGUCAAAGGGGAAUUUUAUUGUAUUAAUUUAGGUAACUGAAAAUAUAUUAAUAUCAGUAACAACCCACAAAUUAAUACAUUUUAGUUGUCUUUGGUUUAAAAAUGAUGAAGAUAGCCUUUGUUCUGAACAUGGUAACAUUAGUAAUUGCUUCAUAUUAUUACAUUUUUGGUAAAAUAAGUCACUCUGAAUUAUAAAGUAAUGUAAAGUACAUUUCUCCAAAAUAACCAGUGUUUAGACCCGCAGCUAUGUUUUUCCUUGUUAACAUUAUGAAAACCAAUUGGGAUUGUCGUUAUUUCUGAAACAUGCACAUUUAUUCAUCGGAUUCAUUUCCAUGUAUGUUCCUAUCAGGGGUCAGUGGGCUGUACGAUUUUGGGCCUGUUGGAUGCGCCUUGAAAAAUAACAUCAUCCAGACCUGGAGACAGCAUUUUAUCCAAGAAGAGCAGAUCCUGGAGAUAGACUGCACUAUGCUCACCCCGGAACCUGUUCUCAAGUAAUUCCAUUCUCUGUAUUCUGUAGUCUGUUGCUCAACUUCUGUAAAAUUCUGUCCAAGGCUAUAUUUAAAGCAGACACUUGCUGUGGGUUUUUCACUGACGCCGGAUUUCCUCAUGCAGAGUGUAAGGACGUCCAGCGUUAUAUAAGCGACCCACAGUCUGGUAAACCCCCCGGAAGUGCCUCUUGUAGCUACCUGGUAGACGGCCACAAGAGGGUACCUUAGGGGGGCCUGGGAAACUGCACCCACACAACUUCAGUGGUCUGGGUGCCUUUAAUGUUCCUUUAACGUGACCAGGUUUUGCUUAGUCAGUGCAGCAGAAGUCCCUCUAGUGGCUGUCAGUAUGAAAGCCCCUACAGGUUGAUUUAACCCUGCAAUGUAAAUAUUAUUUUUAUUUUUUUAAUGCAGUGUUUUACAAGGACAGGGCCCCUGCACUCAGACCACUGAUGUAGUGGUCUCGUUGACUACAGUGUCCCUUUAAUUAUUUAUUGUUUGUUAUUCUGUAAGCAGCUUUCACAAUAUUUUAUAUAAACUUUGAGCAUGAAAGCAAAGUGCAGAAUUUGGGAGCAGUUAGGAUAGAAGGCAAUGUAAUGUGAUUUUUGCAGAAUGAGCUGAUGACUUUGCUCAAUUUUUCACUGAGCAAAAUAUCCGGGGUUAAUGUAUCACAAGAGUGUGGAUAUUAAACGUACUGCACUGUGUGUUACUUUCUACUGGUUUCUCACCGUUUCUGUCUGUUUUUUAUUUUUAGAACUUCCGGUCAUGUUGAUAAGUUUGCAGACUUCAUGGUGAAAGAUGUAAAGAAUGGAGAGUGCUUUCGUGCAGACCAUCUUUUAAAAGGUGAUUUAAUUGUAUAUACAGAUCAAAUAAAAUGAAUUACAUUAAUGUACUUCUGGCAUUUUCUGGAAGUCAAGUAAAUGUCCAUCUAAAAGCUGGGGAAUAUUAAUGAAGGAUGGUGCAGUCAGUAUGAGAUAGUGGGUGGACGUGUAUCUUUCGGUUCCGUUUUCAAAGCUUGCCGGUGCUGUACAUGUCCCCCUCUGUGUGAAAGCAGUAACUCUGACCGCGUUAUUUACUAACAUUAAAAAUACUACAUAGGAGACUACUCUUUAAAAAAUCAAGAGACUUGAUUUAAUAAUCCAAAAAAUAAAAUAUUAUAAUAAUAAUAAUGCAAAAAUCAAAAACGCCAGAUAAUAAAUACAAAAAAAAACUAGUUUUUCAAUAAACAGGUAAUUGCAAUAAUUAUUGGUUUAACAAUUCAUAACACAGGAAAUCGUGUACAUAAUAAAAAAUACAAAAACAAACAACCAGAAAAACAGGAUUACACACCAGAAGCAAUGCACACACGUGAGAGGCAUUUUGAGUGUUUUAUUUUGGUAUCCGGAUCCUCUCUCAUAAACAUAGAAUGUGACGGCAGAUAAGAACCAUUCGGCCCAUCUAGUCUGCCCAACAUUGUACCCAUUUGUGUGCAUUGCGAUUUGCUUUUGUAUUAUUAUUUAAUGUACAUUUCUUUCUCUGUUAUGAAUUUUUAAACUAAUGGGUAAUAACCUUUUUAUUAAAAAAUACUUUUUUUUGUAUUUAUCUGGUGUUUUUGAUUUGUACAUUAUUAUUUUAUUUUUUAGAUUAUUAAACAGUCUAUUGACCUUUUAUAUAGUGGGCUCCUAUGCAGUAUUUAUCCAGGAAACAAGGUAUUUAGAGGGAGCAGCUGAUUUUCAUAUAGAUCCUAUUUACUUGUGUUUGAUUGCUAUCACUUAUAUACUAAAGUGAGCAUGCAAAGGGAAUUUAAAUUUUAAUGCUGGAGUUAGGGAAUUUUUGCAGGUUUUUUUUGGACCAUGAGUUUUAAAUUCACUUUAAAUCCUCCGUUUAAUAAAUGUCUAAUUGAAACAUAUCUUAAAGGAUUAUGCUAAGCCGCAUGGUCACAUCAGUGAUUUGAAGUGGUCUUGGUGUCUGUCUGUAUGUGCUCAGCUGAUGUGUGUUCAAUAAAGUCCUUCGGCAUUCUUUGGAGUCUGUGUGUGCAGCGUUUUGUUAUUAAAUGCUGCCGAUAUAGAGUUCAUUUUGUACAUAUGGAAGUCUGAGGACACGGACAGAUGUAAGAAUAUGGGUAUCGUGCAGACGACUCCUGGGGUGAUUGUUAAAUUUACUAACAUCCAUAAAGCUGCAGACGUGGUAGCACCAGAGAUAAUAUCUAAAAAUGUUAAAUUGAAUAUGCAAUUAAUAUCUGAUACAUUAUGUAUAAUUAGUAACAGGUUCGCUUUACAUUAACAUAGUGUGCUGUAUAGCGUGAAUUGUCUAAACCGUUUAAUGUAAAUGUACCAGUGUCGUUUUGUGACUUUCAGCCCACCUCCAGAAACUGAUGUCUGACAAGAAGUGCACGUCAGAGAAAAAGGCUGAAAUGGAGAGCGUCUUGACACAGGUUAGUGUUGGCGGAAAAGGAUAUAAAAAAAAAACUAAACUAAACUGGAAGACUCUUUAGAGUUGGGCUGAUAAACCAUCAUUCAGAUGGCAGAUGUAAAAUAACUGGAAAAAUUAAAUGUUGACCAAGAAUGAAUUAAGCCAUUGUACACCCAAUUUUAAUGCACUUAGAUGUCUGAUUAUUUAUGAAAUCCAUUUGAUGUUCUAAGAAUUUUUACAUUUUAUUGUCGCAAGAUGCCCAGACUGGUGGAAUAUGUUUUCACCAUUACAUGGUCAACGAGCCUUUUUUAUUUAUUGAAGACCAUAAAUGAAACGCAGAAUGAAUUAGUUUUUUUUGCUUUGCUUAUACCAACAUUUCCUAUUUUAUGUGACCAUUUCUUUCAGAUGGACAACUACAGUCAACAAGACCUUACAGACCUCUUUGUGAAGUACAAUGUCAAGUCUCCUAUAACAUUAAAUGAUCUUUCUCCUCCUGUCUCCUUCAACCUGAUGUUCCAGACUUCCAUUGGUCCUGGUGGAAACAUGGUCGGGUAUGUUCCUGCAUGUUUUAUGGCUUGUGGCACUGUUAUCCACUGUAUUUCGGAAAUGCUCUAUAUAAUGUACUCCUUGUAAAUGUAAAGAAACAGUCUAGGCACAACAGUUAGUACGCGGUGUGUGCAGUGUUUUGUUAUAAAAUGCUGCACAUUCAGAGUGCAACCCCUCUGCUGCUGGAGUGGAGUUCUGGGUGGUUAAAGCUAAUUUUGUGCAUAUUGGAUGUCUGAUGACCGAAGAACAAGGGCAUGAACAAAUUUCAGAAUGUGGGUGAAGUGCAGACAACUCCGGAGGUGGGUGGUAAAAUACAUGAACAUCCACAAUGCGGCAGAUAUGACUGAGUUGAAUUCGUAUACAUCAUUUAAGACCAACUUAGAUUUUUUUAUUGCACACUGUUUUGUGUGGACAUUUUUGAAAAAUUAGUUUGUUUUUCUGCUACUUCAAGCCCCUCCAACCUCUCUGACGUUACAUUCCUUUUAUUAGAAAUAUGAAUUAUACUUAUUUAUAUACAGUGGGACCUCGGUUUACAAACGCCUCAGUUAACAUAUUUUUCGGUUUACAAAUGAAAAUCCAUUGAAAAUAAUGCCUUGGUUUACAAUUUUUUUUCGCAAUACAAAGCAAGUUUCCCCAGAAUGCACUGCACCUGGGAGGUUUAUAGCACCGCCCCCUGCAUUCUGGAGCCUGUGGGAAGCACGUGGCGUGGAGUGUGGAGGUGUUGGGGCGGCUUUUGCAUCGAGUUUUGGUGCCAUUCUGGAAGUUGUUUGCAGUUGUUUUGGGGAAUUUUUGGUGCAUUUCUCAAGCUGUGGAAAGGAAGUGAGCUGAGCUUCGUUGUUUGCAUGCCUUUUAUUGUGUGUUCAGCAUUGUGGGUUGGUUUCCAUGCCAGCUCAUUUUAACUUUUUUCUGACCUCCAGAACGGAUUAAUUGGUUUUCAAUGCAUUCCUAUGGGAAACCGCGUUUCGGUUUACAAAUUUUUUGCAAUAAGAAACGUCCCGGAGAACGCAUUAAAUCCGUAAACCGAGGUCCCACUGUAGUAUUAACAUGUUCUGCAGUGCUGGACAAUGGGUCAAUAAGAUGCACUAGUCAAAUUAAAAGUGGAGAUGUCUCUCACAGCAAAACUCAUUGUAACCAAUUUGAGUUUGGUGAAUUGACUCUUUUGUGGCCCACAUGCUUACAGGGUUGCUUAAAACAUCAUAAUCACUACAGCCUGUUUAGAAACGGUUUACCCUCUUAUUGGGGUGUGUGCUGGGUUCCGAUGCUCCCUGUUGGUGCAGUGACAUGCUUCUGCUGGUUGUUGACUUCUCUCAGCCAAUGGCUGUCAUUUUAUGCCACAAACGUUGCACAGAAUUGACAUUAGCCGGCUCUUGCAUUUGGCUGGCUAAUGACACCCCUUGAUGCUGCCAGAGAUUUAGUUAAUCUGUAUGUGCAACAUUUAAAAACAUACAAACUCAAGGAACCAUGACCACUGCUAGAAAGAAGCCUAUAAUGGGUACCAUUCAUUUUUAAGGAGGAACACUGUACAUACAAGUAGCAUCCUAUAAGGGACAAAGCACAUGCAUAUGCAGUUAUUCUCUGUAGGUUGGAUGGGAGACCAUGGACUGUGUGGCAUAGCUCAGACAUAAGUGAAGGUUGAACAUUACCAAGGGAAGAUCUAUUAACGAGACCUCUGGAAUUGUCUAGGUUAUUUUUAUGAAUACUUAUGUUCUACAUUAAAUCAAUGCGGCACUGAGGAAGACUCCAGCUGGAGUUGAAACGCGUUUGCUGCUAGACCAAAGUAUUGUAUCUGGGACUUUUUCUUAUUUACUCUGCGGUGUUUUAUUUAGGCUUUGUGCCUAGUAUAUUUUACUAUUUAUACACUGCUUACUGUCCCUGUUUUAAUUGUUUAUUGUAUCCUGUGCUGCUCUCCUCAAGGAUAUCAUUUUAGCCUUUUUAGGCACCCUCCUGCAUAUUGUAUAGAACCUGUGACGGCUCUAAAUCCUGUGAGUUUUAUUCUACAUAACAUAUAUAACAAAUAUUUUGCACUAUGUUAUGUUAUUUGUGUUUUUUAGAUUGAUCCUGAAUUGUCAUUUUGUUUACUGGUGCAGUAUUUAAUCUAUUGUUCAUACAUAGUUUAUGCCUCAGGGUAUAUGACCCAUGCAGCCACUUGUGCUGGCUUUACUGAUGGAGCGAGAUCUCUUCUGCUAGUGUUACGGAAUGCACAGAUUGGAUCUCAUGAGUCAAAGGAGGAAGUAAGCACUUGUCUGCUGCUCUGGGAAAAGAGACACAUUCUCUGUACAAUAUCCUUUGCAAUGAUUAUUGGUGUUACCAAUUAGAUUACACUAAAUGUAAAAACGUUAUAUUUUAUUUGUUUAAAAUGUGUAUUAAGUAAAAUGUUAUAAAUUGCGUGGUCAAUCUUUUAGCGAUUUUAAUCUUUAAUGUGCAGUGCAGGGCAUAGGUACUUAUUAACAACUAUGGUAUCCUGUGCUAACUUUCACUUAUUUCUCAUCCGCAGAUACUUGAGACCAGAAACCGCACAGGGAAUCUUCCUUAACUUUAAACGGCUUUUAGAAUUUAACCAGGGAAAACUGCCGUUUGCUGCGGCUCAGAUUGGGAAUUCUUUUAGGAAUGAAAUUUCACCCCGUUCUGGACUCAUCAGAGUACGGUAAUUCAGUAUUUUAUUUGCCCUUCUAUAAUUGGCAGCCAGGGGCGGAGGGGGGCCAUGGAAAGAAUGGCGCUGUGAGGGAAUGAAGGUAAGUUGCACUUUUUUUAUUUUUUAUUUAAAUCUUAAAGUGGUGUUAGGGACAUAUGCAGCAGUUACAGAGGCAUUCAUUAAUCUAAAUCAACAGGGGUAUACUCUUAUAUUAAAAAAGAGGUUUAUAUUUCUAAUAUUAUAGUGCGCUUUUUAGAAUGCAGGUAUAUGUGAUUUUACUUCCAGUUUUCUGUUUAAUGAACUUGUGGCCAAGGCUGUAUUUUACAUUAGAGAUGAGGUUUGUUUAAUGAACUCUUUAUGUAUUAUCAAAAUGUCCAACAUAAAACUGUUCCUGGUUUACACAAAUAAAGGACCAACAGGACCCACUAAAAUACCACGAAACCUCAGAGAGUGUGUGAGCUCGUACAGUAUUUCUCUGUAGAUCCCCAGUAUCGGGGUUAUUACGAGUCACCCUUGACCUGGCUAAAUAAAUGAUGCUGUGGCCCGAUGGGCUCUCAUUGCUCUAAGGAUGGAGAAGGGCAUAUCUCGUACACGUAUAGCUUAACCUAUAUAUUUUUUAUAUUCCUUCCAGAGAGUUUACCAUGGCAGAAAUAGAACACUUUGUAGACCCUAAUGAAAAACAACACCCCAAAUUUGAGAAUGUAGCUGACUUGAACAUAUUGCUAUACUCUUCCCAAGCUCAGUUGAGUGGGGAGUCUGCCACAAAAAUGCGACUAGGCAGUGCUGUUGAGCAGGUAAGUGAAUAUUCAGGUUAUAAAGACAUAUCCAAAAACCGUUCAUGCAGAAAUCUCUAGAAACUAGAGGGGCCCCGUGCAAGAAUCUGUUACCUGCAGCAGGGCAGAGGGGGCAGAAAGUUAAUUCUUAGCUGCUGUACAAAUCCCAUGACGCUUUGCCAGCUGUAGAUUGACUAUUGAUCCUUACUUGCAGGGUUCUAUUUGUAUGCAGUAUAUGUGAAUGUGGAGUAUAUUUUAGUGAAUAUUUGUGUAUAAUGCUGAUGUUUGAGACUGUUUGAUUCAGGGAGUCUUUGUGUGUUGUGUUGGCAUAUUAAUGCGUGUGUGUGUGUGUGUGUGCGUGCGUGUGUGUGUAGUGUUGUUCAAAGGAAUAAAUGAGGCAAAAGAGUUGUUCUGUGUUGAACUCAUAUGCAUGUUCCCACCCAGAAUUCCUUGCAGUAGUACAUCACUGCAAAUGUGAGAUUUCUGUGGGAAAAGCAAGAUUUAUGGCUUGACUGGUGUGCAGGUCAGUGUUUAACAAUGUAUUAACUAUCCACUGACUUCAGCAGGAAUAGGUUUUCCAUCACUUUUUUACCCCACCGUAACUUUUUUGGCUUGUGUUCCACAAUUAACGCCAAGUUUCAAUAGCAAGACACUAACCAAUCUCGUGCUGAUGAGUUGCAUUAACAAUGAAACGUCUGUCUUCGAGUUAUCCGGUUUUGCAUCUCUUCCUGAGUUGUGUUUCAAAGCCUUAUAAAGCAGACCUAAACUCCAAAGAAUUCAUGUUUAAAGUGGAAUAAAUUAGACAAAAAAGUUGGUUCUUUGUUGAACUAAUUUGCAUAUGCCCACCCAGAAUCCCUUGCACUAGUAAUAUCACUGCAAAAGUGAGAUAAGCAAGUUUUAUGGCUUGACUGGUGGACCAGUGUGUGCAGAUCUGUGUUUAACAAUAUAUUUACUAUACAUCUUACCAACCUAUAUAACUGUGAUGAUUGCAUGAACUGCCUCUGUUUUUGUGCUGGUAUUGCUGGUCCCUCCUAUAUUCUUUAAUUGUUAACAGUAAGUCACUUCUCUAUUAUGUGGUCUUUGUAUAUUCCACUUUUUAUUUUUUGUUUACACUUUUUUUCCACUCUUUGUGAUUUGCAUAGACAAAUACAAAGUCAUUAUGUUAAUGGCAUUUAGCAAGUUUUAGGGCAAUAAUAUGGAAUUUAAAUAUAAAACGAUUAACACUCCUCCUUCCUCUCCCAGGGUGUGAUCAAUAAUUCUGUCCUGGGAUACUUUGUUGGUAGAAUCUAUCAGUACCUGGUGAGAGUGGGAAUCUCGCCGGAGAAGCUGCGUUUCAGACAGCACAUGGAGAAUGAGAUGGCGCAUUAUGCUUGUGAUUGCUGGGAUGCUGAAGCUAAAACCUCCUAUGUAAGUCAUUUCUGGUGGUCAGUGUGGAUACAUUGCAAACUGUGUUCAAUUAUAGAAAUGAAAUAUUUUUAAAAAAAAUAAUUACUUUAUAGUGACCUCCAUUAUCACAAUGCGGGUCACUUUAACCCCUUUCCGACAGAGGACGUACCAGGUACGUCUGACCAAAAACGGUCGCUAACGACCUCUUACAUACCUGAUACGCCAGCGGCAAAUAGGAACCCUGGACCGGCGAUCCGCAGCAAUCCCGGUGGGGAGGGACACUGCCUGAGAUCCCAGCUGUCCCUUUGCAGCAGCUCCGGCCACCCUGGCCCUCCAUGAUCACCAUGAUCACAUGGCCGCAAUAGGAGUCUAUGGAGCUGCCAGUUAGAAAAAGUGUUUUUUUUUUUUCUUCUUGUUUUUCUUGUUUUUUUUUAAAUCAUAUUUUAGAAUUUUUGGCGAGAAAAACGGUAUAUAAUAUGUGUGGGUACAGCUAAACACAAACACAGCAGAAAUGUAAAAACAGCCCUGGUCCUUAACGGUAAGAUAAUUAAAAACCGGUCUGGUCACUAAGGGGUUAAAGUAAUUAUUUUUUAAUACUUUUCUCUCCCUCUUAAGGAGGGGAGAGAUAGGCCUACUUGUUCUCUCUAUGUGAAUUGUUAUUAAUAUAAACCCACCCAGUAUAACUGUAACAGUGCAUCUAAUGUGUGUGGGAGCCUGAAGUGUCCCUUUAAUAAUAUAAACCCACCCAGUAUAACUAACUGUAACCUAACCUACAUAGUGCAUCUAACCUGUGUGGGAGCCUGGAGUGUCCCUUUAAUAAUAUAAACCCACCCAGUAUAACUAACUGUAACCUAACCUACACAGUGCAUCUAACGUGUGUGGGAGCCUGGAGUGUCCCUUUAAUAAUAUAAACCCACCCAGUAUAACUAACUGUAACCUAACCUACACAGUGCAUCUAACGUGUGUGGGAGCCUGGAGUGUCCCUUUAAUAAUAUAAACCCACCCAGUAUAACUAACUGUAACCUAACCUACACAGUGCAUCUAACGUGUGUGGGAGCCUGGAGUGUCCCUUUAAUAAUAUAAACCCACUCAGUAUAACUAACUGUAACCUAACCUACACAGUGCAUCUAACGUGUGUGGGAGCCUGGAGUGUCCCUUUAAUAAUAUAAACCCACCCAGUAUAACUAGCUGUAACCUAACCUACACAGUGCACUAACGUGUGGGGGCCUGGAGUGUCCCUUUAAUAAUAUAAACCCACCCAGGAUAACGAACAGUAAACUAACCAUCACAGUGCACCUAACGUGUGUGGGAGCCUGGAGUGUCCCUUUAAUAAUAUAAACCCACCCAGUAUAACUAACUGUAACCUAACCUACACAGUGCAUCUAACCUGUGUGGGAGCCUGGAGUGUCCCUUUAAUAAUAUAAACCCACCCAGUAUAACUAGCUGUAACCUAAACUAGACAGUGCAUGUAACGUGUGUGGGAGCCUGGAGUGCCCCAUUAAUAAUAGCUUAGGCUGGGGAGCUCUAAUGCGCAUGCUUUUCAGUGCUUUCCUAUGGGGAUUUUAGCGACGCUGGAGGUCCUCACACAGCGUGCUAUGGCUAUGGACCAGGAAGUGCCCUCUAGUGGCUGUCUUGUAGACAGCCACUAGGGGAGGACUUAACCCUGCAAGGUAAUUAUUGCAGUUUAUGAAAACUGCAAUAAUUACAGUUGCAGGGUUAAUUGUAGUGGUAGUUGGCACCCAGGCCACUCCAAUGGGCAGAAGUGGUCUGGGUGCCUGGAGUGUCCCUUUAACCAUUUAAGGACCAAACUUCUGGAAUAAAAGGGAAUCCUGACAUGUCACACGUCAUGUGUCCUUAAGGGGUGAAAGACGCAAGGUGAAUUGUUAGUGUAGGACUCACCUAAGAGGUUUGAAAACAAUGACUAAUUUGUGUGUUUUUUUUUUUCUAGGGUUGGAUAGAAAUUGUUGGCUGCGCAGAUCGAUCAUGUUAUGACCUCUCCUGUCACGCCAGAGCCACUAAAGUCCCCCUCGUUGCUGAAAAGCCACUUAAGGAGCCCAUAUCCUUGAUUUGGGGUGUUUAUAUUCUAUAGAUAGUUUUAGUGCGAUGUAGAAACUGCUUUAUUACCAGCAGAUGGCGCUAGAGCAUCACAGUUUGAUUGAGUAAUGGUAUCAUGCGUUUUUAUUAAUUGAGAAUUCAACAAGAUAAUAGCACAUUUUAGGCCACAUUAGCCAGAUCUCUUUUUUUUUUUAAUUGAGCUAUUUUGGUUUAAUAUUUUAAUUUCCGCGGAUAGGAUAAGCGUUACAGUGUGAAGUUUGAUAUCAAUACUAUUCGGGUAAGGGGUAUUCAUACAAACUGGCUUUCUGUCAUGUGUUUUGGAUUUUAUUUAUUUUUAUUAACUUAUUUUGCCCCCAUUUUCAUAUGAAUCAUGUUUUGUUUUUUUUAAUAGUUUUUCAUGUUUUUUUUUUUAAUUUUUUUUUAUAUCAGCUAUGUUCUGGUUAGUUCAUUAGCUACUUUUGAAGCAAUAUUGUUACGCCCGUGCACUGUAUUUCCAAAACGCUUCUGAUGGGGUGAUACCAUUUGCUAUAAUGGUGAUUUAAGAUUAACUGCAAUAGGGUCCUUAAUUUGUGUUUAAAAAAACAAACAAAAAAAAAAAACAGCUCUGGUGUUUAAGUUUCUUGACUCAAGUGUACAAAACUGUGAAUGUAAUCCAGUUUGAUGCCAAUAAGGGAGCCCUUGGCAAAGCCUUCAAGAAAGAUGCCAAGCUGGUCAUGGAAUAUCUCGCUAUCUGCGAUUCCCGCUACAUCACAGAAAUGGAGCAGCUGCUAAACGAAAAAGGGUACGAGUAUUUCAUUUAAUAAUCUCUACGGAAAUGUGUGUGUGUGUGUAUAGAGGAUUAGUAUGCUUUAAUUGCCUGACUGUAUUUAACUAAAAGCUGGCUGCUGGUUAUAUUUUCUUUUAGUUAAAGAGACACUAUAGUCACCAAAACAACUUUAGCUUAAUAAAGCAGUGUUGGUGUAUAGAUCAUGCUCCUGCAGUCUCACUGCUCAAUCCGCUGCCAUUUAGGAAUGAAAUCGCUUUGUUUAUGAACCUCCCUGCAUGUGACUUGCACUGCCUUCCUAAACACUUCCUGUAAAGAGUCAUCUAAAGUUUAGCCUUCCUUUAUUGCAAGUUCUGUUUAAUUAAGAUUUUCUUAUCCCCUGCUAUGUUAAUAGCUUGCUAGACCCUGCAAGAGCCUCCUCUAUGUGAUUAAAGUUUAAUUUACAGAGAAAGAGAUACAAUUGUUUAAGGUAAAUUACAUCUGACUGAAAGAGAAACCAGUUUUUUUCAUGCAGGCUCUGUCAAUCAUAGCCAGGGGAGGUGUGGCUAGGGCUGCAUAAACAGAAACAAAGUGAUUUAACUCCUAAAUGGCAGAGAAUUGAGCAGUAAAACCGGAGAGAUCUAUACACUAAAUCGGCUUCAUUAAGCUAAAGUUGUUUAGGUGACUACAGUGUCCCUUUAAAAAAGAGUUUUGUUUUAGUUUCUCAUUUCAACCUCCCUGGUGCAGCCUGAGCUUACAAUAUAAAUCUGUUUAAUUCCCAAAACUGGUGUGUGAAGAUGCACGCUGUGUGUAUUGUGCCAGGGAGGGAACGUCUGGAUGUACUACUCUCAUAGUGUCUCCCAGCUCCAUGUUUGGCAUAUCAUAGUUAUCUGUUGUAUUAGCCUAGACAGUAGAAGCCCCCUGCUUGGAUUUUCUGAAAAAAGAUAUCUCAAAAUGAUGAAAUUGGUGUUGUAGUUAUUUUCUAUUUUUUGUCGAUGUACUUUCCUGUUAAUAUUACAUCUCAAACACCUCUGUAUGGGUACCAGAAAGUUUACAGUUUACUAAAUUUACUGUUUGUUGUUCAGUUCUUGCAAAUUGUGACCUCACUGCAGCAAUAGCAGGAGCUGAUUAGAAAAUUAGACGUUAUUACAGAAACGUAUGCUUGUUGCCUCUUGGUAAUAUCUGCACACUUGGUGUCUCACUGAACAUAGCAUGAGGUCCACGUUUUGGGAAAUGAGCCACGACAUAAAAUGACUGUUUUAUUGGCUUUUGAAGAUUUUGUAAGGUAGCAAAAUAGCAAUAUAUGCCUUUCUUCUAUUCCCUGCACCGCCAAAUCAAUCUGCAGCUUGUCUUAACCUGGCAAUGCAUGGUCUGCUCUAGGCACUUGUACAUUGUGGAGUCCUGUAUCCACGGUAGGGCUUUAAAUUUGGUUUACCUGUAUUAAUGCAUUACCCAUUAAUCAUUUUUUUCCGAUUUCAGGGAAUUUACUAUUGAAACAGAAGGGAAGACAUUUCAGCUAACGAAGGACAUGGUCAGCGUAAAGAAGUUUCAGAAAACCAUACAUGGUAAGAUCAGCGUUAUUUAUCAUUAGCCAACCACAAAACUUGACUCCCAUCAAAACCUUUUCUAUUUAUCUCCCAUCUGCUCCUGUACAAUAAUGGAGAUACCUAAAAAUGCUGCUAUUCCAAUGUUUUUUAAAAACUACAAUUUAAACAUACAUAUUCUAGGAUAUAUACACCAUUCUACAGCAAGGUAUGGAUUGCACAAUUUUUUUUUUUUUUUUUAUUAGUUUUUUUAUAAAAUGGGAGGCUGCCAGUAUGAUGUUUACUGUAAAUCCCAGUGACAUUUGUACAGCUUUAUGGGAUAACAUAUUAAAACGCAUCUCACAUAUGUUGGGACGACGAAGGUGCCAACACCUGGAAAUGUUAUGAAGAUAAGUGCGUCUUCUGCUUACCGCUGCAGCACACUUUAACCCUAUUAAUGCUAAUUUAUAGGGUUAAUUAGCCAUUUCUCUUUAAUUUGUGUGUGUGCUCUUUGGCCCAGAGUCAAACCCUAUGUAUUUUUAUAUACAUAUAUUUUAUAAUCAGCCUUUCCCUACAUUAUGUUUUCCUUUGAACUUUUAAAUUUUUAAAAACCGAACAUGGGUUUUAAAAUUCUCUCCGACACAGAGCCAAUUGCAUAUUGAAGUCUUUUGGUGACUUAGUCCUACAAUGAUUUUGCUGAUGAAAUAAGCCAAGGUUUUAAGUUCUUGGUAAUUGUAGCUCAAAGCUUUUAAUCUUUGUUUGUUUGUUUGUAACUGGAGUAGCUUCUUAUAAAGAACCGUGCCAUAAUGCAUUGACCGGCUGCACACCAUUCACACUGGGGAUUCUUUUAGUGGUGGUAGAUCUGUCCAGUAAGACUUUGUUAAAGUUUCAUUUUUGUUGUUUCAAACAGAGAGAGAGUUUGGAAUUUGUGUGGAGGUACUUUGUGUAGGUCUGGGUUUGUUAGCUUCCUGUUAAGUGAGUCAUAAGAUGUUCUGCAGAAGAUCAGAAUUGAAAGCUGUCAUUUUAUGUUAUUGUGCCUUAAAUGAUGGCCUUGGAGUCUGUAUCUAUCUGAAAUAAAGCUGAUCUUGUCCUAUUAUUGAGUGCAAUAUAGAAUGUUGAUACAGAAGACCCUGCUUAUUGUAUGGCCUGUGUUCUGACGUGAUGGGUUAUACAACGGUAAACGUUAUUCACCUCUUCUUGCAUUUGGAACAAUAAAAGCUGUAUGCCAGAGUUAUUCUUUUGUUUUUGCUUCACUUAGAAUAUGUAUAGGCAUAGAGGAGCAGAAGGCUUCCAGUAACAAUAAGAAUAGCUUGUGAAUUACAGCGCGCUGUGCAUUGUGCUGACCCCUCCUCCCACGCCUGUUAUUUCACAAUGUGUGUCUUACUGCUUACUCUUCCACUCUACACCGAAAAAACCUUGACUGUUUUAUAACUAUGGGAACAGGCCAAUAGCACAGGGAAGGAAUUCAAUAGAAUUCUACGGUUACCAUGGAAACAGUUGAAAAUGCGACCGUGGCCUACACUUUAUAAACCUAAAAGAAAAACACUGCUAAACAAUUAAAAAUAAAGCUGCACUUUCUGAUCUUCUGCCAAAAACAAACUGUUUUACUAAAACUUUUGUUUGGUGCCAAUUUUAACCACUUUCCUGCCACAAUUUACUAAAUGCCCAUUGAAGUAAAAUAUUGAGAAAUGUAUUGACAUUAGAAUACUGCAUUGUAGCCACCAUAUGUUCUGGAGCAGUUUGAUAUAAACCCAGAGCGCUCUUGGUACUCAAAGCUGAACUCCUCAUCCACCAUGCGUAUCUAUCUAUUCUAGAAAGGCAGUGCAGCCCAUCACUAUAACAUAUUUAUAGGGGUACAGCAGAAGUCAACUGUUCAGUGACCAAAGAGUCUCUUUUUGAUAUUGGGAGCAACCCUGUUUUUGCCAGACCACUGCAACAAAUUACAGUAGUUAUUGUGUUUAGAGUGUCCCAUUACGGCUUGAAAAUAGUUUUUGUUUUUAAUUUAAUUUAAUUUAAGAAGAAGAAAAAAACCACCCUGGGAAAAAAGUACACUAAACUUUUUUUCUCCCCUCAUCUCCCUCCAGUUGAGGAAAUUGUACCAAAUGUGAUUGAGCCCUCAUUCGGUCUUGGAAGGAUCAUGUACACGGUUUUCGAACACACAUUCCAAAUCCGACAAGGAGACGAGCAGAGAACGGUAAGAUCUUGCUGGCUGUUGGAUGCUGUUGAUCUCGACGGUAUGAACGGCACACAAGCAGCCGCAAAUUAUUUGAAAUCAAAUUUAUAUAAGUCCGGCUCUAUGAUUUCAAUGAAACAUGCUAGUGCGUGAAAAUGUAAACAGUCCUAUCUCAGAGCCAAUGCUGCUUUCGAGAGCAAGGCUGCUGGAUCAGCAACGGCGCCUCAACACCACUUUAAGUUGAAGUGAUUUUGGUACUUACACUGUCCCUUUAAUAUUUACUUAGAAGGAUCAGCAGUUUAAUCAUACUUCCUUCUUUCGAUUCUGAUACUUAUGUAUGCUUGGGAUCUGCUCCUGCCCUCAGGACUCUUCAAGUUGUAAUCCAGGUGAAAUAUCCUUGUUAGAAAAUAUGUAUGAAAUAACACGCAUUUUGGAAUGAUUUGGACUUCUUUUUGCAAAAAAAAAAAAGGAAAAAACAUUAAAAAAAAUAAAAAUAAAAUAUGUGAUUUCUAUUAAACCUAUUUUCUUCGAUGUAGUGAGUUUAGUGAAAGAUUGUAACCACAUGGCUAGACUGUAUAUUAACAACUUCAAACCUGAAUUGUUAAUAGUUUUCAUUAUAUUACAAGCUGUAGUCCCUAACUACACUAAAUACAUAAAGGGAAUCAACACAGUAAAGGAGGAGACUAUAUUUAAAAGAAGAAAAACUACCACAACAAGAGGACAUAGUCUUAAAUUAGAGGACAAAGGUUUAAAAAUAAUAUCAGGAAGUAUUACUUUACUGAGAGGGUAGUGGAUGCAUGGAAUAGCCUUCCAGCUGAAGUGGUAGAGGUUAACACGGUAAAGGAGUUUAAGCAUGCGUGGGAUAGGCAUAAGGCUAUCCUAACUAUAAGAUAAGGCCAGGGACUAAUGAAAGUAUUUAGAAAAUUGGGCAGACUAGAUGGACCAAAUGGUUCUUAUCUGCUGUCACAUUCUAUGUUUCUGUGUUACACAAAAAAAACAUCAGCUCUGCAAUCACCUCUCCUGAGAAAUACUAAAUACGGUCUAUUUUUUUAUUUUUAUUUUUUUUUUAUGUUUUUCACUGGCUGAACAUUGUGUUAAAUGUAGUCCACAACAGCCAACAAUUGGCCAUCGCAGGUCUAGGCUGACCCCCUAGGUGGCUGGAGCUGCAUUGGGAAGUCUGUUAUUGGACAGAUGCAGAAAGUCUGGGUGGGGUUAGAAGAGAAGGGCUUGCAAAGGCUGCAGACAAGAGGACUGUAGCUUUUCCAAGCAGUUUUUAGAUAUGCUCCCCCACCCUUCUCAAUGACAAAUGAUAAUUAAAUGCAUGCAUGUUUUCAUUGAGUUAUAUCUGCAAAACAGUGAUUAACAUUUUUGGGGAUCUGUGCAUUGGAGUGUCCCUAAUAAUUAUAAUUUUGUUGCAGGGCCACUUUAAUUGUUGAUGAUUUACAAUGUUAAAAAUAAUAUUUUCUUGUUAGGAUGGGUAGGUAAUGGCCACACGAAGAACCUCGUGAAAAUAAUGUUAAACUUUUUUUAAACUGGUUUCCAUGGACAUUAAAUUGCGCUAUAGUUACUUUACAUUAUAAACGUCUUUUAGCAGGUCCUUCUUAGCAUGUUAUCCUUUCACAUUAACUCUUUUGUCAUUUUUAUUUUUUUCCCUUUCCAUUUAUUGCGUCCGGCUUUUCUUGAACGUAACUGUUUUAUAUUCAUAAUGAUGGGUUUUGUUUUUUUCUUUUUCAGUACUUCAGCUUCCCUGCCAUUAUUGCACCAUAUAAAUGCUCUGUGCUUCCGCUCAGCCAAAAUCAGGAAUUUGUACCAUUUGUCAAAGAAUUAUGUAAGUACCAGAUGUGCAAAUUUCUGUAUCUCAUUUUAAUGUGUCAAAUUUAAUAACACCCCCCCACCCUCCCAGUAGCCUGAAUCGUGUAAAACAGGCGUGGAUCUUUAACCUCUUAAGGACACAUGCCAUGUGUGACAUGUCAUGAUUCCCUUUUAUUCCAGAAGUUUGGUCCUUAAGUGGUUAAAGAGACAGAUUUACAGUUCCUACUGUCCCGCAGCUAGUCGGGCUCGAGACGCAGGCCUGUCAGUGAUCUCUUUCGGUUUCACUUUACAGACCUUUGUAAUAUUUUAAAGUUUUACACUAAAGGGAUUUUCGUUUUUCUUUUUUUUUUUAGAAGAGUUUUAAAAAUAUAUUUUGGAGAAUGUUUCUAAUUCAGCUACUACGGCAUACAAAUUGAAGUUCCCUUUUGAUUAAUUGUGGUUCAUUCUAUCGAUGAAAUCAGAAUUAUGAAUAACAGGGGCUCUGUGUGGGAUAAAAUUCCCAUCACUUCCAUGUAUGAAAAUAGAUUAUUGACUGCAUUUACAUGUUGUUUUAGAUUUAUUCUUUUUUUUCAUCGUUCAUCAUCAUGCAGACCAGCAUGUUAUAUUGCUUAUUGAUUGACGUUGUCUCAAUAUUUCCAUAGCUGAAGCAUUAACGAAGAAUGGUGUAUCCCACAAAGUGGACGACUCUUCGGGUUCCAUAGGAAGACGCUAUGCCCGCACAGACGAGAUCGGUGUGGCCUUUGGAAUUACUAUAGACUUUGAUACAGUCAACCGCACACCUCACACCGCAACACUUAGAGACCGUGACAGCAUGAGGCAAAUCCGUGCUGAGGUAAUUACUUUGCACCGUUGUCCACGAAAUGUUCUGUGGUAUAUUGAAAUUAGUCAUGGCUGGGCAACCAGGGUCCCUCCACUUGUCCCUCAGACCUUCUAGUGGUAAUUCAGAACAAUGUACACCCAUGGCGGGAUGAAUUAUUAAAGUGUCAUUCCUAUGUUUUUUAUUUUUUUUUCACAAUUCACUGGUUUUGGGGGGACUUUUCAAUUGUUGCUUCAUUUGCACCCAAAUUGUCAUUAUUUUUUAUAUAUGAGGCCUGUCCAGAAAAAAUUCAGCCAUUGGUAAUAUGACGAGAACGGUUUGCUCUACAUCAAUGUAACUUGGAAGCCAAGGAGAGCGGACUGGAAUGCGCAUGCGUGAACAAUGACUACUUCACUGUCCUGGUCAGUGAGUCUUGUGUGGAUGUCUUAUUCAAAAUGACUGAGUGAGUAGAGCAAUGAAUCUGCAUCAAAUUUUGCGUUAAGCUUCAACAUGCCUCCGUGGAAACUAUUUGGAUAGUUUAGAAGGCUUUCGGGGACAAUGCAAUGAGUCCAGUGCCCAAUAAAAGUGUGGCUCAAACGCCACAAAGAUGGUCGAGCGAGAAUCUGUUGAAAGAUUUGGCGCCCUUGCUUUUCCCAAAACAAAAAUCUUCUUUAAAAGGGAAGAGAUUUCAGACAGUGGAUGUGAUCCAGGUAAACGUUAUGAUGCAGCUGAUGGCGAUUCCAACAAAUGAUUUUGCAGAGUGUUUUGAACAGUGGAAGAGACACUGAGAGAACUGUGUGAGGUCCCAACGUGCCUACUUUGAAGGAGACUGAGGCGUCAAUGCCCUAUGUACAAUGAUUCUUGUUUCUUCUUCAAUAAAUGUCUCCAUUUUUCAUAUUACAUGGCGGGAUGCUUUCUGGACAGACCUCGUAUGCUAUUCUCUAGUGAUUCUAUGGAUUUAUCAGUAUUGCCAACUGAAAAAUUUUCAGUUUUUUCCAGCUGCUUUUUACAUUGGCCUAAAUGUAGGAAAUGUGUUUUCCGUAUCACUUAACAGGAGUUCCCCAACAAGCUCAUUCUGUGUUUAUAAUAGUAAAGUACAAAACAAACACAAUGUGUUCUCCACAUUUAAUACGCAAUAAGACAUGCUCUACUUUUGGAGUGAUGUUUAUUUAUACCCAUAAAUAGCAUAUUACAGUUUUUUUGUUUGUUUUUGUGUCAAAGACUUGCUCCUCAAUCUAAGUAAUUCAAGUGUGUUUGUUAUUUAUGAUUGAAAUCUGUCCAUCACACUUUUCAAAUUGCCUAUAAAUAUAUAGGUCUAAGAUAACCCUGUUUAAAUCUCAGCUGCACCUGAAUGUAAUGUGUGGACCUGCAUGCACAAUAGUUGUUUCUUUGUCCCAGAAUUCUGAUUGUCUGAUGCUCGGGGAUUCAGACCAUAACGCAGGCAAUGUUAAAUUAUAAUCUUGCCUUAUAAUACUAAUAUGUGCAAUAUAUCUAAAGGAGACAUCUCUCUUUAUUUCAUCCUAAAGAGCCAUCCCUGCCUUCAAAUGAAUGCUUGUUGCAUCAAAUAGCACCUUUUGAUAAAUUCUAAUAUAAUGGUAACUGCCUCCAUUUAUCUUGUAUGUAACCCCUGUGUCUCAGAAAGCAGGUGCUGAGAUAGCCAACUGAGCUACUUGCAAUCAGACAUUUUUAAUGUUUUGUUUGGACUUUCAGUCACUCAAAAUCCACGUUGCAUUCAUAUCCUGGUCAUUGACUAGGACGUGCGCAGCUGGAAAGUAAGUCACCAGGGUGUCUUCCUAGGACAAUAAAAGUUAAAGGGAGUCUAUGGGGGUAAAAUACCUCCCCACCCCACUUAAUUUGUUUGCGCAUUAUAUAAAUAAUAUUUAUUUCAAAAAAGGCAUAACAAUUUAAUUUAAAAAAAUGUAAAAUGUGAAUACCAUAAAGGUUCCAAUCAAAUCACGGUUUAUUCAGUGAGCCUAGAGUUUUAGGGGUUUAUGGGAUAAUUAGUUGAUCCACAAAACGCUGCCGUACUGCUUUGUAAAGCAAGUUAAGCUCUUGGCCGAGCCGCAGCUUGUGUGCUUGUGCUGCUCGCUGUUAUACAAAACUGAUAUAGUCCAAUCGAACGGCCGUGCUGUCUAACACCUGUAACAAUUCUUUAAUUUUCUUUACAUAUUAUUACCACUAUGAGGGAGCCUACCCUUUGAUAUGUCCCAUGCAUUAUGGUGUUUAAAGGUUUGUGCUUAUUUGGAUCAGCAGCUUAUGGUAGCAUUAUGGUCUCUAUAAUAAUCUAGUAAAGCGUAUUUUUACAGGUGAAUAACUUUAAUAAUAUGACAUCACAUGUUUUCUUUUCAGAUUUCUGAACUUCCUGGGAUUGUUCGCGACUUGGCAAACGGUUUGAUAAGUUGGGCAGAAGUGGAGAAAAAGUAUCCAAUUUUUGAGGGACAGGAGACUAGCAAAAAAGACACAGAGGAAUAA